GGGAAGCGGCACAAAGUGAAGCCACAUUGCCAAACUUGCCCGGCGAUUGCAGCAGCGAGCGGCGGCGGCGCCCUGCGUGUGCGGCUCAGCGGCGGGGACCGAGCUCUGCAGCUCCCCUCCCGGGAAGCGGGAGCCGGAGGAAGGACCCGGGCAGACGCCUCUCAUAGCAAUAUCUAUAUUUUUCCAGCCUGGGCUGCCUCUUGCCGGGCGGGGGGCUCCCUCCAGCCGGCGAGAGGGCGAGCGCUGUGCUUGUUUCUUUGCAAGAAGACCUCUUCAGACAACCCCGAGCGGCGCUCCCCGGCCUUUUGCAAUAUAGAGGGGAAGCAGGCCAUGGUGAACCCCGGCGGCAGCGCGCAGCCGCCCCCGGUCACGGCGGGCUCCCUCUCCUGGAAGAGGUGCGCCGGCUGCGGGGGAAAGAUCGCCGACCGCUUCCUGCUCUACGCCAUGGACAGCUACUGGCACAGCCGCUGCCUCAAGUGCUCCUGCUGCCAGGCCCAGCUGGGGGACAUCGGCACCUCCUGCUACACCAAGAGCGGGAUGAUUCUCUGCAGAAACGACUACAUCAGGUUAUUUGGAAAUAGUGGUGCUUGCAGUGCCUGUGGACAGUCCAUUCCUGCUAGUGAGCUGGUCAUGAGGGCACAGGGCAAUGUCUAUCAUCUUAAGUGUUUUACAUGCUCUACCUGCCGGAAUCGCCUGGUCCCCGGAGAUCGGUUUCACUACAUCAAUGGCAGUUUAUUUUGUGAACAUGAUAGACCUACAGCUCUCAUCAAUGGCCAUUUGAAUUCACUUCAGAGUAAUCCACUACUGCCAGACCAGAAGGUCUGCUAAAAGGUCAGAGUAAUGCAGAAUGCGUGCCUUCAUCUCAAAUUUUGUUCAUCACAGAUGGAUCCCAUGUCUCCAAGUAGACAAGUCACCUUUGUAGCUAGCAUCAAUGCCAGCUCCAUACCAUUGCACCUUCUUUAUUCUUGAUUGCCCUUCCCACAUUUAUUGGUGUAUUAAAAUGACUGAAUAUGAACAUUAAGGACUCCAUGAACCUGGGCUAAUGGGAGACUGUAGAGAAAAUGAGAAAAGAUCCACCGGAGGACAUCUUGGGGGGGGCGGGUGGGGAAGAUGACUAAUGAAGCUAAUUAAAAGCAUUGAAAUCUGCUUUCUACCCUCAUUAACAAUUAGCAGGGCACUGGCCAGUUUGUACCCUGUGUUUUACCUUAACAACAUUCUCUUUGCUCUUUGUAUAUUUAAGUGUUGUAAGGAAAUGUGUUUCAAUCAAACUGAACAUGAGAUAAAGAUGUGGCUUUUGUGAUAUUCUAUCACAAACACUUUUAUUGUAUCUCUGUAAAAUACAAUGUAUGUAUGCAUGUAAGUGUUUUUGUCCUAAUGUUGCUACUUCCCAUGGCAAAAAAAAAAAAAAAAAAGAAAAAAAAAGUCAGGCUCAUAGCAGCUACUGUGUAGAAAUUUUCACCUACUUCUAAUUUGCUGAAUGAAGAAAAAUCUUUUAUUUGUGAUAUUUUCAGAGACAUUUGCUCUAGUAUGGUGUAUUUAAAUAAUAAAAAGUAAAACAAAACUGAG